AUGGUGGACAACUUGGUAUCCCUUCCUACAUUUGUACGGCUUUCUGAGCGUGUAUGGCGAGUGCUCGGCUUAAACCCAGGAAAAUUCACUUUGCAAGGCACCAACACCUAUCUACUUGGUACGGGAGCACGUAAACUACUUAUCGACGCAGGUCAAGGGAUACCUGAAUAUGUGCCGUUACUUGAAGAAUCUCUUAGGAGCAUAUCACCCAAUGCAUACAUAUCGGAUAUCAUUGUGACACACGCACACCCUGAUCAUUUUGGUGGACUCAAAGACAUUCUCGCUUCAUCCAUCCUCAACAGUCGUCGUAAUAUCCGCAUUCAUAAAUAUCCAGCUUCCUCAAAGAAUGCUGAAGGUCAUCGUGGAUUUCCUCAAGAUGUCCCCUUUUCGCCACUCCAAGAUAAUCAAAUCUUCAAGAUCGAUCCUUCACUCACACUCCGAGUCCUCUAUACGCCGGGCCAUACAAAGGAUCAUUGUGCCUUUUUGCUCGAGGAAGAACAAAGCUUGUUCACGGCCGAUUGUGUGUUGGGUCAAGGCACGGCUGUAUUUGAAGACUUGUCAGAGUAUCUCGAGGGAUUACGUCGGCUAUUGGCACUUGAACCGAAACGAUUGUAUCCAGGACAUGGCCCAGUCGUCGAAGAUGGUGUGGCCCGAAUCACCGAAUAUAUUCAACAUCGUGAAGAACGAGAGAAGCAAGUUGUCAAGGUGAUGACUUCCGAGGGACCAGAAAAGCCAUGGUCAGCAACAGACAUUGCCGGCAAAAUAUACCAAGGUCUCCCAACCACCUUAUUCCUAGCAGCCACCCGUGGUGUGGUAUUACAUUUACUCAAACUCGAAAAGGAUGGAAAAGUACGACUCACUGAAGGCACAUCAGAAGGAAGCGAUGUGAUGGAUCUCAUUGAUAAAGAAUGGCUUUGGAUUGGUUGA